AUGAAGGAGGACAAGAGCUGGAGUAGCAGUCGAGCAUCCGACAUCGACUCACACGAUUCACUGGGCUUGAGAAGCUCCGACGGCCAUUCGUCCUUUGUCCACGAGGGCUCCGACAACUACCGCCAGCUACGAGACAUUGUCCAGCGUAUGCGAACCGCCCCGACGGGCCCGAAAGACGUCGACAGUGCGUACGAGAUCUACAGCAAACACAAGGAACGAGCUGCUGCUCUGUGCCUCGCCAUUGUUCAGGACGAGUUCAGGUCACGGAACCCGUCAUCCGUCGUCAACGACACGCUACCUCGCCGCGACUCUUCGCUCGAGUCUCCGAAUGCUGCGUUGUACGAUCAGAGGAGCUCCUUCAGCGGGCGCAGUCUCACAGAGAUUGUGUCCGGCAACAGUGUGGGCCGCAACGCCCACGCCAACGAUGCCUGGCUCAAUGCGGUCCGUGAGUGGAAAGGAUACCUGGACACGUUAGCGGAUGCGCUGCGGACGAGCCUAGAAGAGACAUACCGCAAGCACGAGCACGAGUCGACGCCCGACAUGGUGGAGGCCAUGUUCACGAACAAGAGGUUUCGCAGGGAGGCCAUCCACCGUAUGCGCAAUGCUAGCGUAACGAGGGUGAUGUCACAGGACCCUCAGUUUUUCCCCCGUUACGAGAUAAGGUUUCGCAAUUACGAAAAGGUUAGACAAGAACUGGUAGAAAUCCGUGGGCUUCUACAAUCUGGCGAGUCGGGAAUCUCGCCAGAGCGGAGGAUCGAGGAAGUCGUGAUAUCGCCCAAGGGUGAUGCGGUGCUCGAAUUCGCCAAUCUACACCCCGAGGCUGUAGACAGUGAGCCUGUGCUUCGCUUCCGGGUGUCUUCCCACAUGCUGGCUGAGACGUCGCCCAUCUUCGCUUACAUCUUCUCUGGUAAUCCCACCAACUACCCGACAUACGAUGAUGAUGAGCUUCACCCUCAUCUCCCGCCCCCAAGUACCAAAUACAUCUGCAAGGAUGGCUUUGAGGCGAGGUUAUAUCGAAUGCCUCAGCUGGAAACCAACCAGCUAUCGAGCCUCGAGAUUCUGCUGCACGCCGCACACAUGCAUAACGACAAGGUACCUCGCGACGUUAGCUUUGAGCAGUUUGUUGUCAUCGCCGAGUGCUGCGUCAAGUACAAGUGCACUUCUCCGCUCGAGAUGGUUGUCGAGCACAGAUGGUUACCUCAGUGGAUGCACAGGGGUGCGGAUGACAUGCCCGACGGCAUGCUGAUAAUCAGCUACGCUUUUGGCUUACGGCAAAUAUUCACCAGAAUGUCCAAGAGCGCGAUACUGAACCUGGUUGACGAGGCUGAUUUGCAGAGUAAGCCGUGGCCUCAGCGAAUCAGGGACAAGAUCUGGGCGGUCCGGAGCGCCAAGAUUGCUCAGGUGUACGCCUGCUGCACCGGCACCAUACAGGAGUAUAUCAGGCAGCCCUCGCGAAACCCGGUCGAUGAUGUGCAUCCGAUUACCCCUUCUGAUCUGCGCAACAACCAGUAUCAGACGACGCAGGAGAAGAAGCCGCUGUCCACCCUCAGCUCAACACCCCGGUGCCCCAAGGGCAGCCACUGGUGCGAUGCGUCCAACCUGGGUUGGCUGAUGCUGGUGUACAAUGAGAUGAACAUCUUACCCCAAAUCUUACGCCCGAAUGCGCUCUCUCACCUCACCGAGCAAGAUCAACAGGCACCAAGGAGCUUGGCGCAGAUGAUGGAGGGCCUGAGGCGGGUGCCCAGCCCCGUGUCGCCGGUUCACCAGGGCGGUGUCUGCGACCCUUGCACCACCUUUAGAGCGGCCAUCAAUGACAUAUUCAAUAGCGUCUCCGGGUUGACGCUGCAUGAUGUCAGCGGCAAGAGUCACGGGUGGGCGCUCUCCAGACACCGGGAAGCAGAACCGCAGGAGGUUUACAAAUGGGGUCUCAGUCGGAUGGCAGGCACCGACCAGGCUGCGCACGCCGUUGCAAAUGAGUUCCCGGAGAACGUGCGGCUGAAAAUCCUGAGUGAUAUUGAUGACCUGGAUGACCUCCACUCUGCAGCCAUGGUGAACCGCGUAUUCUACGAAACAUACAAGACGCAUGAGUUGUACCUGAUGCGGAACAUACUACGAGCCGGGCGGAUCAGAGCAGGGGCUCUACCACUGAAGCCAGUGGUGCCAAAGAGCAUCAGCAAUGCUGAGGAGAAGGUACCAAAGGAGAUAUCAGACGAGAUGAUGAGAGAAGAUAGCCAGGCUGAUGCGCUGGAUGCGAUGACGAUACGAACAGAUGACGACGAUGACCUGGAGUUUGAUGACGGGGAGAGCAUUAACGGCACACCCGCACCGUCGAUAUCAGAGUCCCUAUGGAGGGAGGCUCGACUGAGGCAGGCACGCUCUCGCACGGCGGGAUACCCUCCCGAAGAGAGACAUCUUCGAGGCAGACAGGGAGAGCCGCCCUAUACGGCUCCUCCCUCCGAUUCACCCCCUUCAUCUUUUGAUGACGGCAACCCCACGGGCACGCUAACGCUCGAGUCUUCCCUCGCCACCACGCCCCGGCAGGCGUCACCUGCUCCGACGAUACCAUUAUCUCCCAAGUCUGCCUCGCACGUCGUCCUGACCGAGGACGUCGACGAGCCGCCCCUGACUGACGAGGAGGCUCGCCGGAUCCUGUGGCCUGAUGACGAUCCGGCCAAGGACCCUCCGCCCGCACAGCUUGCGCCCGAGGAAGGACUUAGGGAGAAGUUCCGGUUCGGAGACAAGAGCCUGUUUGAAGGGCUGGAGGAGAAGAGCCUUGCCUUUAGAGAGGACAAGCACCUCCUGACAGGGGAGCGUGCAGUGCAGGAUCCUGCUAAUGGGAAAUGA